AAGGCGAGCUGAAGUGAAAGCGAGUGUGUAAACACAACUCUAGGAAACAUGAAACGAUCGGGUGGCAGUGAGAGCGAGAAGAGGAGAAAGAGGCGCAGGCUGCUGCAGGAGCUAGGAGACCAGCGCAUCCCCUUCCUCGGGCCCUCAGACCAUGGCUUCCAACAGCUGUGGGAGACUAGCUACUCUGGCCUGGCUCUGCGGCGUUCCUGCUCCCUGCCUGAGGAGCUCCAUGGUCGGGUGGAGGCUGCUCUGCUCACCCUGCGGCAGAGGGGCUGUUUCCUGAGGGACCUAGUGAAGGUAAGGGACCGAGACGUCUUCACCGCCGUGUCCCGGGUGCUGCUGGGUCAGCCAGGAACCACCUACCGCUACCUGGACACACGGCUCUUCACCAUCCCCUGGCACGCAGACGACCAGAGAGGGACCUGCUGUGACCCAGACCUCAGUGCCGCCUGCAAAGCACUCUGGGAGCUCAACUGCUUCUUCUGCUCUGAUGUCGGACACAGGAAGGAGGGGGAUGUUUUCAAGCAGUGCAGGAAAGAGUUGGUUGGUGCUAUAGAGUCUAAACCCAGUGUGGAAGGAGACACCGAGUCUAAAGAUAGCGAGGAGUCCAAACCCAGUGACGAUGGAGGAGACUCAGAGUCCAAGCAGAGUGAGGAGGGAGAAACUGAGUCAAAGCACAGCGAGGACUGGGACAUAGAGUCAAAACACAGUGAAGAAGAAGGCCCAUCGUCCAAACAGGAUGCAGCGUGGGAGUCAAGACACAGCGACGAGAUGGGAGACAUGAAGCCUAAACAAACUGAACUGGGGAGUCCAACGGGGUCAAAACAACACAGUGAGGGAAAACACACAGGCUGGAAGCACAGGCCAGCUGGCAGCACAGAGACAGAGACUACGGGCCUAGGCCCUCAGGAGAAGCCUGUGGCUGAGCUAAAACACAGUCUCUCUGGGUACCACAUUGAGGAUGAGGAUGAAGACCAGCUGAGUGGCCAGGGAUGCUCUCACCUCAACCCUGCUAAGACAUCCUGUCCUGGCCCGGCCCAGUUCAACGUCACCCUGCUCAACUACAUGGACCCAGCAGCUAUGAGCCAGCUGAAAGAAGAGCCGUAUUAUGGGAUGGGUAAGAUGGCUGUGGGCUGGCACCAUGAUGAGAACCUGGUCAGCCUAUCACCUGUGGCUGUCUACAGCUACAGCUGUCAUGACGAUGACAAAGCAGGUGUGAGCUCGGAGGAGGGUCCUGUGGAGAAGGGCUGCUGGAGGAUUGGUCUAAAGGUGGCCUGGGACAUCCACACCCCUGGACUGACCCUCCCACUGCAGUCCGGAGACUGCUACUACAUGAGAGAUGACCUGAACAGGACCCAUCAGCACUGUGUCCUGGCUGGAGACUCAGCCCGCUUCAGCUCUACACACAGAGUUGCGGAGUGUUCCACCGGGACCCUGGACUACAUCCAGUCUCGCUGCCGGGAGGCCCUGUCUAACCUGAGCACAGACCCAGAAACAGGCACCCACAGCCUGCUCUCCCUGCUGCCAGCUACCCUGCAAGGCUACGAGGAGAUACACAACGAGGUGGAGUUUGAGUGGCUGAGGCAGUACUGGUUCCAGGGCCAGCGUUACACCCGGUUCUGCAGCUGGUGGGCCAGACCCAUGGAGCAGCUGGAGAAUGACUGGAGAGAGAUGGAGCUCAUGACGCAACUCUUCCUGGCAGCGGUGGAGGAAGAGGGACAACCGGAGGAGGGCAGGAGAGAGAUGGCAGAGACCCUGCUAACUGCCCUGACAGACAGACAGCAGCACAGACAGACCUGGAGAGACAGGUGCCACUCCAGCCUGGCCCAGACCCUGCCCCCAGAGGAGGCCCCCGUGGACCGGCCGUUUUGGGCCGACGACGACCCCAGCAUGCCGCUGCCCUUUGACCUGGCUGACAUCAUCAACAGGGUGGAGUCACUCCUCUGGAGGAUGUGAAGGAUGGGACACAGAGAAAAGAGAGAGAGAGAGAGAGAGAGAGAGUCACCUAUCGUGAGGACAGACUACAGAGAAAGAGAACAGGACCUACCAGCUCCUGCUUGUGUCAACGUCCUCCAAUGGGGGUACACUUCCCCACCACACCCCAGCCCACCCUGAACCCCACCCAACCCUGUACCUCACGCCACCCCGCCCAAACCAGUCUCAUCUAGCUUUGCCUGGAUGGACCCAACAUGGCUGCACCAUGAAGAUAGAACCCUGAUUAGUGCUUUGCUAACAUGCUAUAGCUGGCAUUGGAACUAGUCUCACAAUGGUAAUGUGGAUAACCUGCAGAAUUAAAACUGAAUGUGUAGGAAUGUAUUAUUUCAAUGAAUGUUCUGUUCCUUUUCUACAUUUAGCCAGCUUUGUGUAUGGAUAUGACAAAUAGUCAUACAGAUUUAGGAUCUUAAUUUGACCAGUUUCUCACAGCAGGACAAUUAUCCUGCAGCAACAGGAAAUGUGAAUUAUUGGGU